AGAUGGCAGAGUCAGGUGCAAAGACCAUUAUGAAGAGGAUCAGAUUACCUUUGCUCGGUUUGAAUUGAACACAUCAUUUCCUGAAGGAGUGAGUGCGCUGCAGUUCCUGCUUAGCUGUCAGGUCUGUGGGGCUCCUGUCUCUUUAAGGGAUCCUGUUUAAAACCCGUAAUACUAUUUAUAUAAGCAAACCUUCUGACUUGAAUCUGUACAGAGCAAGGGGCAGGAUACACUCGCAGAAAGAGGCCGCCACUCAAUACACAGUUAUAGUUUUUAAGAAGAAUUCACGACCCGGUAACAGUACAGACAGUACACCCCCAAAACAGGCAUCUCUCCAGAGCAGGGAGUUAUUAAACACAGUGUACCGACACAGGCCUGCUGAGGACAGAGUUCAGGGCUGGAAACAACGCUGCUUUUACUGUACAUGCGCACGCUGCUCCAAGGUCUCGGAGAUGGAGGCUCACGGCUCAGGCAAGUCCUCACGGAAGAGGAAGAAGGAGGGCUCGAAUGGGGAGGCAGAGAAAGACGUCAAGCCAGCGAAGAUGCCACGCUGCUCUGUGGGUCUGACUGAACCGGCCCCCUUUGCAGAUGAGAUCGAGGUCCCAUACAACACUCCGUACAUCCGGGUCACCUUGGAGGAGGCCCGGCGGGGUACGCCGUUGGAGCGGCCGGUUCGGGUGUAUGCUGACGGGAUCUUCGAUAUGUUCCACUCCGGCCACGCCCGCGCGCUCAUGCAGGCGAAGCAGCUGUUCCCAAACACACAUCUCAUAGUAGGAGUGUGCGACGAUGAUCUAACCCACAAGUUCAAGGGCUUCACGGUGAUGAAUGAGGACGAGCGGUACGACGCGGUGAGUCACUGCCGGUACGUCGACGAGGUCGUCCGCAACGCGCCCUGGUCCCUCUCGUGGGAGUUCCUCACGAAGCACCGGAUUGACUUUGUGGCCCAUGACGAUAUUCCAUACUCCUCUGCAGGAAGUGAUGACGUCUACAAGCACAUUAAAGAAGCAGGCAUGUUUGCCCCCACGCAGCGGACGGAAGGCAUCUCCACGUCUGACAUCAUCACGCGGAUUGUGCGUGAUUAUGACGUGUACGUGCGGAGGAACCUGCAGAGGGGGUACACAGCCAAGGAACUCAAUGUCAGCUUUAUCAAUGAGAAGAAGUACCACCUGCAGGAGCGCGUGGACAAGGUGAAGCAGAAGGUGAAGAAUGUGGAGGAGCGCUCCAAGGAGUUUGUUCAGAAGGUGGAGGAGAAGAGCAUAGACCUGAUCCAGAAAUGGGAGGAGAAAUCCCGGGAGUUCAUCGGCAACUUCCUGCAGAUGUUUGGACCCGAGGGGGCGCUGAAACACAUCCUGAAGGAAGGGAAGGGACGGAUGUUGCAGGCGAUCAGCCCACGGCAGAGUCCCAACAGCAGCCCCAGCAGGGAGCGCUCCCCCUCGCCCACCUUCCGGCUGCCCUUCUUCACCAAGAUCUCCCCCCCGCCAUCCCCGCAAGCCGGCUCCGCCCGGACGUACCACAUCAGCGAGGACGAGGAGGACGAAGACUAAACCCAUCGCUCUUCUCUCGCUCGCACAGCACGGCAGCUCUGAGGCGUGCUGCACAGUGGGGUAUUGAAAGCCAGCGUGCUUCCACAAGCAGGGUGACAGAAAGAUAACUCUGCUCCAAAUGGAACUGUUUUAUUUGUAUUUUUAUUCAGUAUUAAUCUAAACUAUUUAAUCAGCGAUUAUGUAAAGUUAUCUUUCUGUAAAGUUAGGAUUGUUCAAAGUUAGUUUGAAUUAUGGCGCAGCUAUCCUUGCUAUGUAGCAGCAUUUAAAAAGUAACAAACAGGAUGAUAAGAGAUUUAAUGAUUAACACUGAAUACAAUGGCAAAACAACGUUGUCGUUAUCUUCAUCGCAGCUGUUGCUCUUAUGUUUCUUGGAUUUUGUCAGUUAUCUUUAUCACAGCUGUUGUUGCUUUUUAUGUCUUCACAGCUGUUUGCCCUUUCCGUUUGGUUUAUAGAGGUACUGGGUAGAUCCUUUUAAAGCCGUUUCAAGACUAACUGAGCCAUAAUUCAAAUGCAGUCAUGUGGCUUGUGUUGAAAAGAGUUUCGGACAGGUUGGCGUGUCAGUGAAGGCUCAGAGAUGGAUUCGCUCACGUUCCAGUGAUGUAGAAGUUCAGAUUCUGUUGUAUCAUUGACGGUUUAGUCUGCCUCCACUGUGAGGGAGUUAGCUAGCUUGUGGAAGCAGCGUACCUCUCCGAAAGCUGUUGUCAGCAUAGCAGCUGCAGUAGAACAUGUUGGUGAGAUGCACUUUGGAAGAUGUGUAAGAUUCUGUGCGCUGUUCAGUUGAUCUAGUUAGUGGCAGAUCCCUAUAAAACCUCUGAUUAAACCAGAACACUUUAAGGGUUAAAAUCACUGAAAGAGACACCCAUGUAACCUUAAUACACAAAAGGGUUGUAUUACAAGUCUAAUGGAUUCAAUAUUUAGAUGGUCUGCUAAAUUGUUUUUAAAACUUUGGACAGAAAAGUCUUUGCUGACCCUAAAGGCAGGCCAGUGGGUUUCUUGUGUGUGUAACUCUGUCAACAUUGCCAUAAGAGUUUAUACAACAGUAACAUCUAGUUAAAGGAGGUGCAGCUUUUUAGUCACUACAGAAACAUUAACUUAACACUGAACUGGUGGUACAGAGUACAUCAGCAGCUUCCUACACAACACAUAGAUAACUGAGUCACCCUACCACUGUGAGGAAAUCCUUCUCUCUGCCUUGCUGCUGUACAAACACGCUGGCAUCGCUGGAAAUCCUUCUCUCUGCCUUGCUGCUGUACAAACACGCUGGCAUCGCUGGAAAUCCUUCUCUCUGCCAUGCUGCUGUACAAACACGCUGGCAUCGCUGGAAAUCCUUCUCUCUGCCUUGCUGCUGUACAAACACGCUGGCAUCGCUGGAAAUCCUUCUCUCUGCUUUGCUGCUGUACAAACACUCUGGCAUCGCCGGUUUCUGGUUGGAUAUCCACGCCUGUACAAGUCACUGGAAGGUCUCCUGAGGUAGCCGGGAGCAUUCCUGUUACAGGUGUGUGUGUGUCGGUCAUUGUAAAUACCUUGUUGUGAGGAUGUAUUCAUUACCAUGAUUUACCUGUUGUAGUGUUAGCUUCUGUGAGGGAGCGCUGACCUGGGCUUCUGUACCACUAUACCCAAACCACUGCCCAGGGGAUUACUGAAAAGAGGCAAUGCACACACCCAUUGUAUAUAUACCUAUGUAGAAGUCUAAAUCACACUAAUGUCUGCUACUUCUCUACCUGGUUUAACAUUUUAUAUAUUUAAUACCAGACUAAAGAAUUUGAAGGGGAGGGGAGAACAAAGGUAAGUUAUAGCAAAAAAAAAAUUCUCCAACUUUCAGAUAAAGCUAAAAGGAGGGGGGGGGGGGGGGGGGGUAUGUGGAUAGACUAUUGACACUUUCCUUGAAUAGUAGUUGUUGGAAUAGAAUAAAUUAUGGACAAAACAGUUCUUACAUAAAAAUGCUUUUGAUAGAAUUAUUGAUAAGGAAUGUUGGUGAUCACUGAAGCUCAGUAGUUUCUGCAAUGUAAUCUGUAUGAAAGUUUGGGGCACCUUUAAAAUGAGGCUGUGCUGCUGUAGCUGUUGGUGGAGAGGUAUAAGAGCUUCCUAUAACAAAAAGCUUGAUUCCUACUUUGUGACGUCCAGCAGACAGCCUGAAGGGGUCUCUCUUUGAAUCGUCAUUUAUAGUAAAUCCACAAGGGUGUUUUCAAAUCUACUUUAUUGAUAUAUUUGGGGAUGGGAAGAAAUGUGUCCCCUCCUUUUUAACCCUAGUGAUUACCAGAAAAACAAACUUACCCCAAGUGGCCGUCUCCUUGCUCUGUUGGGGGCUUUAAGCGGUUUACAGGAAAUAUCUAAUUGUUGAAGUUGUCUGAUUUUUAGUUUUUGUUUGUUUUUGUUUUUAGUGAAAAUCGUCUUUACUGUGUUUUAAUGUAUAAAAAAGCCAUAGUUUAUUAACUUUUUAA